GUUUAGUUUGGGAAAAACCCCCGAAAAUUAGAGUGACCCUCAUUUUCCCGCCAUGUGACUUUCCCGGCAAAUCGUGACCCUCUCUUUUUCUCUUCCAAUCUGUUUCAAUUUGUAUCUAGGUUUUUGUUGUUACUCAUUUCCAAACUCACAUCCAUACCUCUCUCUCUACCCCCAAAAAUCCCACCCUCGAUUUUAUAUUUUCUCCAAGGGUUUCUUGUGAACCAAUCUGUGGAAAAGGAAAUCCAAAAUCGAAUUCUUCUAACUUAAUUGUUGUUGGUGUUGUUGUUGAAGCAGAAUCAUGACGUCUUUGUCGUGGAGACACCACACUCUGAUUCAAGCUCUGCUGUCGCGUGGUCCUCUCAAGGACCAAGAAUUCCACUCCAUCUUUUCCGGUGUUACUGGCAAAACCCCAGGUACUCAUCGAAAGCUAUUUGAUGAUUAUCUUCUGAAUAUAAACAAGGAACUUGCAGUUGUUCAAUUGGAGUUGCGGGCUUGCAGAAACCAAUACAAUGGUGAUAUUUUCUAUGGUGUAGUGAAUAAUGUAGUGGAUGAACAGUCCAAGCUUGGAACCAAAUACACAGUUCCUCAGAUUGCUUUUUAUAAGGGCAUUAUAGAAGCUAUUGCACAAGAUGCCACAGCUAAGGGUAGCAUAUCCAAUAUUGAUGCUCUCAAUAUACGAUUGGAAAAUCAGGGUUCAAGUCCGAGCCUCCUAGGUGGGACACACAUUUGUCAAUCUUGUCAAAAAAACAAAAUGGUUUCAACUGGAGUAGGUUCCCAAUCUCAGGAUACUCCUGCUCAAGCUCCUCAUGCAUUGAAGAACUUCUCAAUGUCUCAGAAGGAGAAAACUCUUGAAGAACUUGUGCGAGACCAGUGGCUCUGUUCCAUCACAGAUGGUAACAUUGGACUGGGGCUUAGAUCCUUCCUUGAUCUGCGCAGUUGGUUCCGUAAUAAUGAUAUUCCUGCAUGUGAAGUUUGUAAUGAGGCUGGAAUUAAGGCAGAGUUGUGCGAAAAUGAAGGUUGUACUGUUCGAUUGCAUCAGUACUGUCUAAAAAGGAAAUUUUCCCAGAAACGGGGUGAGAAAGUUUGUCCAGGUUGUGGCACUCCAUGGCUGCUUCCUGUUUCCAAAAUAGAAACUGUGGAGGAAAUUGAUGAUGACACAAAUGGGUCCACUCAGAACCAGCCACCUCCUCCACCCUCCAUGAGAAAGAGGCUCAGAACAUCCGGAGCUGUUGUUGAUUCCGGUACUGCUGGAUCUGAAUCCUCUCUCGUGCCGCCGGUGUCUACUUCUGAUGCUAGGAGGACAGCGCGAAGGUCUGCCCGACUGAGAUGAAAUAUGUCUAAAAGCUCUUCUCUGUUGGAGUACUAAUUAAAAAUAUAUUAUGCUGUUUAUUUUGCACCAACAACUUGCCAUUAGUUAGUACAUAUUAACCUCGCAGAACCAUGUUUAGUGUUCCAUAGCAUAGCAGCAUUUUGUGUAUACUCCAACAAUCUUUUGUUUAUGGUUAAUAUAUAAUUUGCUCAUCGGUUUCCAUCA